AUGGAUUCUUUAGACGAGGCUAAAUCUGUAAAAAAUAAUAUAGCACUAGAACUAGAAAAAGAAAGUAAGGAUAUCAAAGGUAUUUCUAAGCCUAGGGACCAAAGUGACGUACCUGAUAAUGUGUUUACAUCAAUGUCACACCAAAGUAGUUUUGCUCCAGAUGUAAAUGGAUCUCGAACAAUAUGUUUUGAGUCAUCACAGAAUGAUGAUUGUGAAGGAAAAAAUUGUCGAUCAAAUGAUAAUUAUUCACAGAAUGACAGCAUUGGUGUUACAAGCGGAGGAAAUCAAAAGCUAAUAAAUAAUAUAACCAGCAAUAAAUUCUAUGAUGUUGAAAUACCUAGUACUAGUAAGGUGGAAUCAAAAGAAUGUGAAAAUGGUUUAGAUAUUAAUCAAGACAAAUAUAUCUGUCAAAGGAACAAACUGUGUUUGGAUAAAGUGGGAAAUCGAACUGGUAACAUAAUUGUUAAUAAAGGUCCUUCAACAAGUGGUACAAGUAAAUCCUUUGACAAUGCUGAAAACACUGAUUGCAGGGAAAAUAGGAAAAGGCCAUCUACACUUAAACUAAGUAGGCCAAACAUUGAUGCUGAUGAUAGUUCCAGUGAUACUGGAAAUGAUGAUUAUUCAUUGGGCUCAGAAGAUGGUUGUAUUUACACAUACAGAGGUGGUGAGCAUUUGGCGGAUCUACCAAGCUCAUUUUUUAGCCUUGAUAUGGGAUUGCCAUUGGAUAGACAUUUGCCAUUACUUCCUAACUAUCCAGUUCCUCAGCAGGGAGCAUCUAGAGAACAAGGCUCAAGAGCAUCAAGUCCUGAUAUGGACUUUUUGGAAAUGGAUUUUGACCCAGGGCCUUCUUGUGAAGUUGAUACUGGUGAUGAAUCAACUCCUGAUGCUGAUUUGGAUGCUGGAAAUUGUAUGCCUGAAGAAAAUGAACCGGCUAUUAGGGGAACAACACCCGAGUAUUUACCGGGAGUGAUGCAUAAUUCUCAACCUUCUGGGUCUACUAGUUCAGCUAACCUUAAUGAACCAGAACCACAUUAUUUCAAUGUGCCAUCAACAAGUCGUGGUCUAGAUAUGUCCCAAAGUAAUGUUCAAGAAGAAGUAACAACGCACCAAGAAUAUGGGCCAUAUAUUACACAUACAAAUUUUAGAGGUGAACAGUUUUUAGUGAAACGGACAAUGUCUAGUUUGCCAAGUUCUUCGUCUUCUAGCCUACAUGUGUACAAUGGAGAUUUGGUAUCUCCAAGGGAGGUAUUGAAUUAUGAAGAGGAACAGCAAGAUGGACCACAUGCAUACCAAAUAAAUCAAGGUGAAAGACCAGCACUUGAUUCAGCCAAUUUGUCGUCAGCAUUAUAUCACAUCACUAUGGCAAAAAGGUUAAUGAUUGAGAAGACUUGUUCUGAUGUGGAGAGUCAUGAUGAUGCUAAUAUUAGUCAAGAACAUGGUGCAUCAUCCAGUAAUGAAUGCGAUAGUGGAUGUGUAGAACCUCCGCGGUGCAUGGUUUGGUCAGAACGUGAAGCUUGUGAGCGGCAGGUCACACAAAUAGGCACAUCUGCUUGUGGCGCCACUGCAGUUGUCAACGUUUUUAUUGCAUUAGGUGUGCCGGUCAAUAUUGAAAAAAUUAAUGCUGCUGUAGGCACAAGACAAAGAGCUAACAAUGCACCUUUGCCGAGGUACUUAUUAUCGCGUGCUGUGGCAGGUUGUACUGCUGCAGAUUUAGUGAACGGUAUUCAAAGAGCUUCGGAUGGGCUAGUAACGGCUCGGUUCUUUCCCAUGUAUCCUGAACGGGCUGUUUCUUUGUCCCAUUGGCUAGCUGAUUGGAUAUCUCUUGGCGCUGUACCUAUACUCACUCUAAAUUUACAAGUGGGAUGUGAUGGUGAGAUUCCCGAUGCCUGGCAUCAUCAGAUGGUGUUCGGUGUUUCCCCACGUGGGGUUUACCUUUGUAAUCCCGUGGAGUGCGUACCAGAGACCACAUUAUGGCCGCGGCUCACUUCGCCUUCUGUCCUGUUAGUACGGACUAGGGAUAUACUGUCAAGGUUUACUGCCAACACGGAUUUGACACCACUCAUGGCCGUACCAGAUCGAAGAUUCCAUACUUUUAAUGUCCUUGGCCAGGUGGUAAACGUGAUCCGUGAGUGGCGCGCGCGUGGAUGGACAGAGCGCGGUGGGCGGGCGCGGCACGUGCGCGUGCCCGCGGCGUACCGCGCCGGCGUCACCGUGGCCGCGCUCACCGGCUCCGAGGCGCACCGCCGCCUCGUGCACGCCGCGCCGCCGCCCGCGCUCUAG